CCUCCACCCCCGCCCCUCCUCCCCACAUGGACUCAUCCCUCAACCAGGCACUAUAAAAAGUCUGCUCUUGCUGAAGUUGUUCAGUCUCGUCAAGAACUCCCCCAGACCACCAUCAUGAAAUUCGUGGCCCUCGCUCUCGCCCUUCUGCUGGCUGUCGGCUCUCAGGCCGCUUCCCUGCAGGCUGAUGCACCCUCACAGCUGGACCAAAUCCGGUCUGCUGUAGAUCUCUACCUGACUCAGCUGAAGGACAGUGCCAACAAAGCCCUGGACAACCUUGAUGGAACUGAGUACAGUACGCUCAAGGCCAGCCUAUCUGAGCGCAUGGACCAAAUGUACAAUCAGAUCAAGGAAUUUCAGAAGACUGUUUCCCCCAUCACCGACAACGUCGUCACCACCAUCUCUGAUGCCACAGCUGACUUCCGUACCACUGUCAUGAGUGAUAUUGAGGCCCUGAGAGCCAAGUACGAGCCUGAGCGUGAGAAGCUGAAGGAGAUCAUCGAGAGACACAUCGCUGACUACCGCGCCCAGAUUGAGCCCAUAAUAACAGAGUACCACACCAAACACGCAGCUGAGAUGGAAAGCCUGAAAGUCAAGCUGGAGCCCAUUGUGGAGCAGCUGCGUGAUAAGGUGGCCGUCAACGUGGAGGAGACCAAGACCGCCCUGAUGCCCAUUGUGGAUGCUGUGCGUGCCAAGCUCUCUGAGCGUCUGGAGAAUCUGAAGGCGUUGGCUACUCCCUACGUCGAAGAAUACAAGGACAAGCUGACGCAGUCCUACAACCAGGCCCAGACCAUCAGCAACGAAGAGAUCACUGCUCUGCAGGAGAAGAUUGCACCUUUAGCCGCAGAAAUCAAGGAUAAGCUGAAAGCUAUCUUUGAGGCCAUCACUGCUACCGUCACCAAGAACUAAAUCCUCUCUACCCUGUUCCUGUAGCUAAUCUCACCUACCUGUCAGUCCUAGAUCCAUUCCACCUUUCUCUGCAUUCCUUCUUUCCUCACAUGCGCAUACAGACCACCUCCCAAAAUGAAGCCAAUGCCUAACUGAUGCACUUCUUUGCAACAAAAUGGCGGGACUCUCUCACUCUCCCAUGCAAACACCUUACUUAAUGUGCACAUGCUCAAGCACAUGCAUGCAAAGACAUACACAGACACAUACAUACUCAGCACACACAUGCUUUACUUUGCUUUGCAUGCCAUGGCCAACUGCUUACAUUUUGUGUAGGAAUUGUAUGUGAAUUACCACAAGUGCCUGAACCUCUGUGUAAUGAUGCUUGUCUGAUGGAAACUGUGCUUUGACGAUAUACAGCUCAAUAAACAUCUGACUGUUUAUACUA